UUAGUUACAAUUUACCCGAGAAGACGUGUUAUAAGGAACCAUUUUCACGAUAGCGAACAGUGGCUGCCUAACAUUACUUGUUUUGUCAGAGUUUAGUAGUACCAAGCUAACCCUAAAUCGCUUUCUACCCAGAUAGCCUGUAUCACAGCGCAUUGGUAGGCUAAUUAAAUGUGGAAAGAAGUACAGCAAACGUUAGCUAGCAAUCUGUUUAACACCUUCUAUCAUGCAGACAAGUUGGCAAACUAGCUAUAAUCGAAUAGUUUAAAUGUUCAAUUGGACCAUUCGUUGUAAUUUCCACACAAAGAAAGGCCAAGUUCAGUUUUAAUGGAGAAUUCCCUACCAACACCAAAUAGCUAGCUAACAAUCUAGUUUACUCCAACUAGCGAGUGCUAGCAUUUUUUCCCCCUUUUGGGUAAACCAGCUUGCUAAGAUGAAACUUUUUAAAAUAGCAAGUUUUUCUGAGUGCAACGAUACCCGUUUCAUCACCCUGAAAAGUCCUAUGUUUCAGUUUCUUAUCUUUUAAACGUGACUCGCUUAGAUAUUAACGAUAAUUUAUGUUUCCAAUAGCUAGAUUUAACACGAACAGGCCCGGCAAACGUCUUAAUAGAGCCCGUGGCUCUGAAGUGGACGGCUAGCUAACAGAGGCUGAACUAGGCCUGACGACUAUGCCCACCCAGGAUAAUGUUUUUCACGUCUGAAAAUCCCAAACAGCGACGCCUCCUCUCGGGCAGUUUCGGGGGACACCGCGGGAUCUCGUCGCUCGACAGUCUGAUAGAAGACCACUCGAAGACAAGAUGGAGGAGGAGGUUGGUGCAGAGGGCGAGAUGGAGAACGCAGAGCCCCUCUCGGCUGAGAAGUAUGCUGCUGAGGCAAUGGCAGCCGACAUGGCCCCGUGGAUCGUGUUUGACGCAUGCAAGACCCCCCGCGCUGAGUUCGAGGGCUGGCUGGAGUCCAACCGGCCCUCGCAGGUGAGCCGGUACGGGGAUGAGGAGGGGGGGUCCAGUCCAGUGGGGUGGAUCUCCGUGCACGGCCCAGAAAACUGGCCCAGCAUGGGGGACGUAGAAGGCUUACAGGAGGGCUGGGAGAGGCUUCUCGCCAGCGGCAGGUCGGUGAGCUUCCAGACGGUGAAGGAGCUGGCGCUGAACUAUGGGGUGCUGACGGGGAAGUGGCUGAUGCACCUGGACACGGGCUUCAAGGUGGACCACGCCUGGGAGUGCAUCGCCAGGGCCGUCCUGGACGGGAAGAUCCACUCGGCCAAAGUCAGCCCCCGCAACCCCAAACCGGACAACCGGCACGUCAUCUGCGUCUACAACCAGACCUUCACCGAGGAGGACCAGGUCAUGAGGCUGGACGCUCUCAUACGCGCGGCCGGGGUGAAAUGUCCACUGUCCUACAAGCCUGACGUCUACACGUACCUGGGAAUCUACCGGAACAACCGCUGGAAGCUCUGCCCGACAAUCUACGAGAGCAAGUUCAACCUGGAGUGCAUUCCUCGGAGGUCCCACAUCAUCAACAAAGUCACCGGUAUGGAGGUCAAAUAAGAUGGCUGCAAGGGAUGACUUUGGGAGCAGUUGUGGGACUGGACAGAGACAGGACAGGAGCUGUAUAGUGGCAUGACUUUGUGAAAGUUCACUUGUGCAGACGUUGUUUUUACCCCCCUCCCCUUUGUUCCGUUUGUGCCAUUAAAAUAAAAAAUAAAAAAACGCUUCCGAUUUCACAACCAGGAAUGCACUGGAUCCUAGCUUCCCAGCUUCCCCUGCAAGGGAUGGUGCUUUUUUUUUUUUUUCCCUGCUUUUUGAGGAAAUCGGUCACAAAAAGAGAAACGGUGAAUGGAAAGUCAAACUGUCAGCUGCCCCCUUGUUCAGGAUUUUGAACUACUACGGGAUUUUGGUGGGGUUGAGAUUUUGUUCAAGAUAAUUUUGUUCGCACUUUAUAACUGCGUUAACAAAGUUGAAAUUGUUCACCUGGGACAGCCUGAAAUGAGAGGAGAGGUGUGAUUUCUCCCUGCUCACAAGGUUUCAGUGUGAAUACAGUCAUUUAUUUUCUAUCCAUUCAUCCUGAGCUACAGCCCAGCAAACUGAAUCAGUUUAUGUAGAUUACUAAAAACAUACAUACCAGAAACAUUUUAGUUUCAACGGUUUCUUUUGCUCAGAAAUCAGCUGACAUAUUUUUCUUGUACACAAAGCUGACUUUGCUUUCUGUAUUGUAUUCCAUACACCUGUCCAAUACAUUUGCCAAAUAAAAGACAAUUUUGAGACCAA